UUUUAAUCCCCCUACCGAACGGCACCGGCGCCGCCUUCCCCUUCCCCCGCCAUCUCUCCGGCUCUCCUCAGCGCCGCGUCGGAAGUGACGACACUGAGCUGCGCCCGCGCGCGGUGAUGACGCACAUCCAGGCCCGGUAGCAGCGGAGCAAGCGGCCGCGAUGGGGGGAGGCGACCUGAACCUGAAGAAGAGCUGGCACCCCCAGACCCUGCGCAAUGUGGAGAAGGUGUGGAAAGCCGAGCAGAAAUAUGAAGCCGAGCGCAAGAAGAUCGAGGAGCUGCAGCGGGAGCUGCAGGAGGAGCGGGCGCGGGAGGAGAUGCAGCGAUACGCCGAGGACAUGGGCACCGUCAGGAAACGAGAAGAGAAGCUGGAGUGGAUGUACCAGGGUCCCGGGGGCAUGGUGAACAGAGAGGAGUAUCUCAUGGGUCGCCCCGUGGACAAAUACGUCUUUGAGAAGGCGGAGGACAAGGACGCGGGUUGUUCCAGCGAGACGGGGCUUCUCCCAGGCUCCAUUUUCGCCAGGUCGGGGGCCAAUUCUGUCCUUGACAUGGCCAACAAAAUCCGGGAGGAUCCGCUUUUCAUGAUAAGAAAGAGGGAGGAAGAAAAGAAGAGAGAGGUUUUGAAUAAUCCUGUUAAAAUGAAGAAAAUCAGAGAACUGCUGCAAAACAGUUUAGAUAAAAAGGAGAAAAAGAAGAAGAAAGAGAAGAAGAAGAAGCACAAGAAACAUCGCCGGCGCAGUUCCAGCAGUGAAAGCGACAGCAGUGAGGAGGAGUGGAGCAAAAACAAGUCUCAGAAGAGGACGAUCAGUUCCUCCUGGAAACCGGCUCCUCCCAAAGCCCCAGGAUACGGUUUACAAGUUAGAGACUCGGAGCAGAGCCACAGGUCCCGGAGCUCCCCAGCUCCCCAGGACAGGGUCCCCCACAAGCACCGCGAUCGCUCCAGGUCCAGGAGCCCGUCCCGUUCUCCUCAGAGACGCUCCAGCAAGAAGAACUCGGAACAAUCUGGCUGCAGGGGGUCAAGAUCUCCUUCUAGACACAGCAAACAACACAGCGGUCGGGAGGAGAAGGGGAGACCGAGAAGCCCUUCCCCUAAAAAGAGCUACCGGCGGCAGCGCAGUCCGGGCUACACACGGAAGAUUUCUCCAGAGGAACUGGAGCGUAAGCGCCAAGAGAUGAUGGAGAACGCCAAGUGGCGGGACGAGGAGAGAGCGAACAACCUCAGGAAACACCGGAAGGAGGAGGAGCUGGAGCGAGAGCUGGAGAAACUCGACUCCCGAGAUGGGAAAUUCUUCAAUCGCUUGAAACUAGAGAGCGCAUCUACGUCCACCCUGGAAGAUCGGGUGAAACGCAACAUCCACUCCCUGCAGAGAACUCCCGCUGCCUUGGAAAAAAACUUUAUGCAGAGAUGAAACUUGUUCUUCUGCUCCCGUGCAGGAGUUCAAAGGACACUUAUUCCCCAAGGUGAGCGAGCUCCAGCACAGACUCCCUGCUCACACAGACACAGUUACCAGCUCCCAGAGCGGUGCUGGGAUUUCUGCGCCGCUGCCCACGGUGUGUUCUGGACCUUCUGGCCUUGUGAAUGUGUUUGUGACGAGCGAGACCUUGCGAGCGAACCUUUGCUGGAGAACUCGUGAGCCCUUGUCUUCUAUUUUUAACGCAUUGCCAAGUCUUUUCCUUCUCUCUCCACCUUGACUGGUAUAAUUUUUGUAUAUUCUUAAGCAAAUUCUGCCAGGUGGUAAUUGCUUUUUACACUGUGCGGAGUGUCCGAGCUCUUUAUAUGACAGAGCAAAAGACCUAUUUUUGUUAGUCCUUAAAAAUCGGAGUAGGAGAAAUUCACAUGUGAGUUAAUUUAAUGGAAUUGGAUAAAGCUACAGGAGUUAACAGACAGAAUCCCGAUUGUACUGUCACCAUUUCAGGUGUGGGUUUGGAGGGUGAUGUUUGACAAUUCUGCCAAAAAUCUGUAACCGUUAUUUGGUUGCUCACGGAUCUAAAUGGUGUUUGACCCAAAGGAAGCUACUUCAAAAGGAGAGGAAAGGAGCAGAGCAUAGCUAAUACAGCAAAUGUUUCUCUGGGAUUUUUGUAAUGUAAGUAAUGUGUAUAUGUACAGCAGCGUAGAUCUUUUUUUAAAAAAAAAAUGACACUU